AUGGAGACUUGGAAGACAUUUUGGGGGCUCCUCUUCCUUGCAACUAGUUUUGGCUUCAUCAAGUCGCAGAAAAUUGUCUGCAGGGAGGCCUCCGUGGGAGAUGUUGUGUUUCUGGUGGAUGCCAACAUCAACCCCCAAUACGCCCGCAGUGUGAGGAACUUCUUGUACACCAUGGUAAACAGCUUCAAUGUCAGCAGAGAGACCAUCCGUGUGGGGCUGGCCCAGUACAGCGAUGUGCCCCAUUUGGAGUUCCUACUUUCCACCUACCACAGCAAAGGUGAUGUGUUGAGACACAUUCAGAAGCUUCAGUUUAAGUCUGGGGGCAACAAGAUGGGCCUGGCCCUGCAGUUUCUUCUAGAUCACCACUUCCAGGAGACAGCAGGGAGCCGGGCAAGCCAGGGUGUGCCUCAGAUUGCCAUGGUGAUCAGCAGUGGCCCACCUGAGGACCACGUACGGGCACCUGCUGAGGCGUUUAGGAGCGCAGGCAUCCUGCUUUAUGCCGUUGGCGUCAGAAAUGCAGCGUCGGCAGAGCUGCGGAAGAUUGCAAGUAGUCCUGCGGAGAAGUUUACCUCCUUUGUGCCCAACUUCCCUCGUCUGGGCAGUCUCGUCCAGAAGCUGCAGCAGGAGCUCUGUGACACUUUGGCAAAGGCAGCGCAACGUGUUGACUACAUCUCUCCAGCUUGCAGAGAAGCAGCCCUGGCAGACAUCGUCUUCCUGGUAGACAGCUCAACCAGCAUUGGACCCCAGAACUUCCAGAAAGUGAAAAACUUUCUUCACUCUGUCGUUUUGGGGCUUGACAUCAGUAGUGACCAGGUCCGAGUGGGACUUGCUCAGUAUAAUGACAACAUCUACCCAGCCUUUCAGUUGAACCAGUACCCUCUGAAGAGCGUAGUCCUGGAGCAGAUCCAGAAUCUGUCCUACCGUACGGGAGGCACAAACACAGGGAGUGCCCUGGAGUUUAUCAGGACCAACUACUUGACUGAGGCAGCUGGCAGCCGGGCCAAGGACAGGGUUCCUCAGAUAGUUAUCCUCGUGACAGACGGGGAGUCAAAUGAUGAAGUCCAGGAGGCAGCUGACAGGUUGAAAGAAGAUGGAGCUGUUGUGUAUGUGGUCGGGGUCAACGUCCAGGAUGUCCAAGAGUUGCAAAAAAUAGCCAGUAAGCCAUUUGAGAAGUUUCUUUUCAACACCCAAAACUUCAACAUCCUGCAGGAUUUCUCAGGAAGCAUUCUUCAGAUUCUGUGCUCGGCAGUGGAGGGUAAGAUCAAAGAAUCCACCCAGGCCUACGCAGAUGUGGUCUUUCUUGCCGACACCUCACAGAACACAUCAUGGGCCAGUUUCCAGAAGAUGGGGAAUUUCAUCUCCAGAGUAGUUGGCAUGCUGGAUGUUGGCAGGGAUAAGUACCAGAUUGGGCUGGCUCAGUAUGGCGGUCAAGGUCACACUGAGUUUUUGUUCAAUACCUACCAGACCCAGGAGGAGAUGAUUGCUCACAUCCACGAACACUUUGUGCUCCGGGGCGGCUCCAGGAUGACAGGCAAAGCUCUGCGAUACCUUCAUCAGACCUUCUUCCAGGAGGCAGCAGGAAGUCGGUUUCUCCAGGGAAUUCCCCAAUAUGCAGUGGUCAUUACUUCAGGCAAAUCUGAGGAUGAAGUCUGGGAUGCCGCACAGACAUUGAGGGAAAAAGGCGUGAAAGUCGUGUCUGUGGGUGUACAGGACUUUGACAGGGGAGAACUGGAGGGGAUGGGGACCCCAUCCCUUAUAUAUGAAAUGGAAGGACAAGACGGAAUCAGACAGAUGAUGCGUAAUGUGAGUGUGGUGAUUCAAGGGACUGGGCAGCCUGAGUUCAGGACUGUGGCUGAGAAGGAGGCUGCAGUAGCAUGUCUGACUGCUAUCCCGGCUGACUUAGUAUUCCUCAUUGAGGAAUUUAGCAGGGUUAGGCAAUCGAAUUUCCACCAAGUUGUCAAUUUCUUAAAGACCACCAUCAGCUCUCUGAGCAUUGGUCCUGAUGCUGUGAGAAUUGGCUUGGUCUUUUACAGCGAGGAACCACGACUUGAGUUUUCGCUAGACACAUUUCAGAGUUCAGCCGAAAUCUUGGAGUAUUUGGACAAAUUAACCUACCAGGGACGAAGAGGAAGAAUCAAGACUGGUGCUGCUUUGGAUUUCCUAAAGAAUGAGGUUUUCAUUCAGGAGAGGGGCAGCCGAUCCAAGCAAGGCGUGCAGCAGAUAGCUGUGGUCAUCACGGAUGGCUUCUCCCAAGACAAUGUGUCCAGACUGGCUUCUCUCCUCCGCAGGGCAGGGGUUACCAUCUAUGCAGUGGGCACCCAGCUUGGCUCAGAGAGUAAGGACCUGGAGAAGAUAGCAUCAUAUCCUCCUUGGAAGCAUGUCAUCCCCCUGGAAUCCUUUUUGCAACUCUCUGUUGUGGGAAGCAAGAUUAAGAACCAGCUCUGCCCUGAGAUUGUGAGCAAAAGGGCUUCCAUUCCUAGGAUGGACUAUGCCCUACAAGAAGGCUGUGUGCACAUUGAGAAGGCAGAUAUUUACUUCCUUAUUGAUGGAUCUGGCAGCAUCAACCAAGAAGAUUUUCUUGAAAUGAAGGCAUUCAUGAAUGAGGUGAUAAAGGUGUUCCAUUUGGGGCCUGACAGAGUACGGUUUGGAGUCAUUCAGUACUCAGACGGAAUUAAUAGUCAAAUUAUCCUCAGCCAGUAUCCCAGUGUGGCAAGGCUGAAGGUAGCCAUUGAUGGCAUCCAGCAGAGGGGAGGUGGCACCAUGACGGGUCAGGCCUUGAGUAACAUGGCUCAGGUCUUUGCAGACACUGCUCGCAGCAAUGUGCCUUGGUAUCUCUUAGUCAUCACUGAUGGUAAAUCUGAGGACCUGGUGGCUGAAGCUGCGGAGGCACUGAGGGGAGACGGAGUCAUCAUUUAUGCUAUUGGAGUCAGAGAUGCUAACACUGUUGAGCUUAAGGAGAUAGCUAAAGACAAGAUGUUUUUCGUGCAUGAGUUUGAUUCCUUGAAGACCAUUCAACAAGAAGUGGUACGGGACAUCUGCUCCUCAGAGACCUGUAAGAAUAGGAAAGCUGACAUCAUCUUCCUGAUAGAUGGUUCAGAAUCCAUCUCCCGGAAAGACUUUGAAAAGAUGAAGGAAUUCAUGAAGAGGAUGGUGAACCAUUCAAAUAUCGGUGCUGAUGAAAUUCAGAUUGGCCUUUUGCAGUUCAGCUCAAGCGCCCGGGAAGAAUUCAGGCUCAACCAAUACUCCUCAAAUGUGGACAUUCACAGAGCCAUCGAGAAUGUUCAGCAGAUGAAUGAAGGCACCCACACUGGGAAAGCCCUGAAUUUCACUCUGCCUUUUUUCGACAGUUCAAGGGGAGGGAGACCCAGUGUUCAUCAGUAUUUGGUUGUGAUCACCGACGGGGUCGCCCAGGAUAAUGUAGCCAUACCAGCCAAGGCUCUCAGGGACAGAAAUGUAAUUAUUUUUGCCAUUGGGGUGGGAGAAGCGAAAAACUCUCAGCUUUUGGAGAUUACUAACGACCAAGAUAAAGUGUACUAUGAAGAAAAAUUUGAGUCCUUGCAGAACCUGGAGAAGGAAAUUCUUUAUAGGGUCUGCACUCCACAAAGCUGCAGCAUAGAUUUGUCCUUAGGAAUUGAUAUCUCCACUCCCACAAGGCAAGUUCAGCAGAAGCUUCAAGGCUUACUGCCAGAGCUGAUGCAACAGCUGGCCUUGCUUUCCAACAUCAGCUGUAGCGUUCCUGGGCAGUUCAACACAAUGUUCCGCUACUUGGUUCCUGGCUCCAAUGGGCAGCUUAUCUUUGACUCAGGCUUUGAGAAGUACAGUGAUGAGAUCAUUCAGAAGUUCUUGGUUCAUCAGGCUGCCAAGAGCAACCAUAUGGAUGUCGAUUUUUUGCAGUCCCUGGGAGAUAAUGCUAUUCGCCUCUCUUCUGCUAAAGUGAAGGUCCUUUUAGUGUUUACAGAUGGAUUGGAUGAUGAUUUAGAGAGGCUGAAGGACGCAUCUGAGCUUCUCCGCAGCAAAGGAUUCUCUGGACUCCUCAUUAUUGGGCUGGAAGGUGUGCAUAAAUUAGAAGAGCUCCAGGAGCUAGAAUUUGGCAGAGGAUUUGCAUAUAACCAACCCCUGAGUGUCAAACUGCAAUCUCUUCCAAGCAUCUUAGUGAAGCAACUUGACACAAUUGUAGAAAGAACAUGCUGCAAUAUGUAUACAAAGUGUUUUGGAGAAGAUGGGCACAGAGGUGAUGGCGGGAGCCCUGGCAGGAAGGGAGAGAAGGGUUCUGACGGAUUACCUGGUUAUCCUGGUGAAGAAGGUGGGCAUGGAGAAAGAGGCCCCCAAGGUCUUUCUGGACUCCGAGGUGAGGGAGGAUGCCCGGGUGUGAAGGGAUCUAAGGGAACAAGAGGAUUUUCAGGAGAUAAGGGAAACCCUGGUGAUGAUGGUAUUGAAGGCUUGGAUGGAGAACAGGGUAAUCGUGGAGUCCCAGGGUCAUCUGGAGAAAAAGGAGAUAGAGGAAUUCGGGGCUUGACAGGACAGCCUGGACAACCUGGAGAGCAUGGAGACCCUGGGUUAAGGGGAGAUCCUGGGGAUCCUGGAAUUGAUAGUUAUAUCCAAGGUCCCAAGGGAGAAAAAGGAAGGCAUGGACAUCAGGGAGGAUCUAGUUUCAGUGGAGCUCAGGGGGAAACGGGAAAUGUUGGCUCUCAGGGGUCGGGAGGAAGACGUGGUCAGCCAGGACUGAAGGGUGUGCGUGGAGAAUCCGGUGAACAGGGUUACCAAGGAGAGCUUGGGUAUCCGGGCCCACAGGGACUGAGAGGAAGACAAGGAAUACCAGGAACUUUUGGACAAAAAGGCUUACAAGGUGCUCAGGGGAAUCCUGGGCCUCCAGGGCCAAAUGGUUCAAGAGGAAAAGCUGGACCAAGAGGAAUAAAGGGAGAGCUUGGUGAUGCAGGAGAAAGAGGCUCACAGGGUCAACAAGGACCAAGAGGGCAACCCGGUCUUUCUGGUCCAGAUGGAUAUGGACAUCCGGGAAGAAAAGGAACAAAGGGUGAACCUGGAUUUCCUGGCUAUCCUGGCGCACAAGGAGAAGAUGGUGACCCGGGCCACCAAGGAGAGAAGGGCGCAAAGGGAAUCAGAGGGAAGAGGGGCAAUGCUGGCUUUCCUGGAUUUGUUGGAACUCCAGGUGACCAAGGCCCACCAGGACCGAGGGGCAUCAAGGGCCCCAAAGGUUUGGUAGAUAUGACGCCUUGUGAAAUCAUCAAUUUCAUGAAAGAAAAUUGCCCUUGUUCAACAGGUGUUUCCAAAUGCCCAGUGUUCCCGACCGAAGUGGUCUUUGCCUUGGACAUGUCAAAUGAUGUCUCCAGGUUGGAUUUUGAGAGGAUGAAAGACAUUUUAUUAUCUCUGUUGAUGAAGAUGGAAAUAAGUGAGAGUAACUGCCCAACGGGUGCCCGAGUGGCCAUCGUUUCAUAUAACACCAAAACAGAUUACCUGAUUCGCUUCUCAGACUAUAAGGAGAAGCCUGCGCUCCUGCAGGCAGUCAGGAAAAUCCCCCUGGAAGGGUCAUCUGGCAGCAGGAACCUUGGGGAUGCCAUGAGGUUUGUGGCGAGACAUGUAUUCAAACGUGUGCGCUCUGGCCUGCUCACGAGGAAGGUGGCUGUGUUCUUCCAGGCGGGCUGGGCCUAUGAUGCUGUCUCCAUCAGGACCGCGACGCUGGAGCUGAGUGCGCUGGACAUCAUCCCUGCAGUCAUCACCUUCACAGACGAGCACAACCUCCCAGACGCCCUGCUGAUGGAUGGAACCAACAGAUUUCACCUGUUCAUCUGGGAGACGGAGAGCCAGCAGGAUGUGGGACACAUGGCCCGCUGCACUCUCUGCUAUGACAAGUGCCGACCAGCCCCGGAGUGCCGGCUGGGCACGGCCGGGCCCCUGGCGGUGGACGUGGACGUGGCGUUCGUGGUGGACGGUUCCCAGGGCGUCGGCGCCGACGUGUACCGCGCAGCCUUGAGUCUAGUGGACUCCGCGCUCGAAGACCUGGAGGUGGCCGCGCAGCCGAGCACGUCCCCCAGCGGGGCGCGCGCAGCCCUGGUGAUACACACGACUCCGGGCUUCUUGCCGGGCGCGGAGCGCCCCCCUGUGCUCGAAGGCUUCCACCUGACCUCCUACGGCCGCCGGACGCAGAUGCAGAGGCACGUCCGCGAGGCCUUGGGCCGCCCCCUGCAGGGAGCCCCCGCCCUGGGACACGCCCUGGAGUGGACGCUGGAGAAGGUGCUCUUGGCAGCCCCGCUGCCCAGGAGAUCGCGGGUCCUCUUUGCCAUCGUGGCCAGCGAGACCAGCAGCUGGGACCAGGAGAAGCUAAGGACUCUGUCCCUGGAGGCCAAGUGCGGGGGCAUCACUCUGUUUGUGCUGGCCUUGGGCCCAGGCGUGGGGACCCGCGAGGUGGCCGAGCUGGCCCCCGUGGCCAGCCUUCCCACGGAGCAACACCUGCUGCGCCUAGAGGGAAUCUCGGAUCCCGAGGUGGCCUACGCCCGGGGAUUCACGCGGGCCUUCCUGAACCUCCUAAAAAGUGGAACAAACCAGUACCCACCCCCAGAGCUCAUUGAAGAAUGUGGAGGCUCCAGCCGAGGCAACACUCUGCGGCGAGGAAUUAUGCCUGUCAAGAGGGUUCCCAAGCGCCGGUUUGGCAUGUCUGGCUCUGCUGAUGACUUGGAAGCACUUGAAGCCAUAGACUUUUUCCUAGAGGAGAAUAUAAAAGCCACGAUGCCAUCAAUAGCUCAGCAAGAAGUACUUGAAAAUUAUGGAAAGAAUGCAUAUGCUGCUGAAGAAAAUGAGGAAGAAAUGCCUGCAAAACAAAAAGAAACUGGAAAGGAAAGAAAUUCAGGCACUGUCUAUGGUAAAACCAAACCUGCUUCUUGCUCUUUAGGUUGAAUUCACUUCUUAAAAUCUUUAUUUGAAAAAAUUCCUGUGGCUGGCCCGGUGGU